CGGUCGCAGAUUUCCUAUGGUGGAAUGUGGAUGCUGUGUGCGGUGGUUUGUUUCGUGCGCGAUUUUUGAUUAUUUGGUGACGAUUUCAGUGGGAUUCUCUGGAUUGCGUCGACCCAGAUGUCACAAGGGAGAACGGUCAUCAGGAGGCGAUGGCUCGCGUAGAAGAGCCACAUCCCCGGCUAGCCACGCUGUCCUUAACCCCUUCAUGGCAGCUACCAGUGACAGCGGGCUAGUGGACACAGAUCCAAGUCGAGUUAGCAACAUGACAGCUAUUAACUCGGUAUGCAGAGAUGCUCGAUGUUUGAUUAUUGCGAUAAGAAAUGCUGUCGGCGUACCUACCUGGGGGAUGAAAACUGACGCUAUUACGAAGCCACUGUGUGUAUUUCGGCCUGUAAUUCAAAAACAAAACGUAAUCGCCCGUGCUUUUAUUUGCUUUGUUGCUACCAGCAAGAGGAAAGGCUCGCCCUCUAGCGAGAUGGUUGUGUUUGUAAGAAGGGCCAAGGGUCCGGUCGGGGAGGUGGGCGGCGUGAGGCUGCCAUUGCAGUCGCUGCAUGGAUACGGAUCUGUGUUCAUGUAUUCGGCGUCGACGAGUCCAGGGGGUGGGGGUGGCCAAAGUGGCGGAGGCGGAGGAGAGGUCACCCUCCGCCUCCGCGAACCUGAGGACAUCCCCGAAGAGGUCCUUGCGCGCCUCGAGGACACCGCCACCCUCUCCAUCUCACUGCAAGGCGACGCUGUCCUGAGGCUAGGGGCGGCUGGCACAGGAAAUGGAAAUUUGGAACUGUUCGAUAGCGAGAGUGGUCCGGACCUCACGUUAUCACCGCAGACCUUCACAUCAACGGCAGAGGCCUUUAUCAAUGAUAAUAGUGACAGUCUUGGGGUUCCGGGGGACAACGAUACGGGGAGCAGCGAGGAGUCGAGGACGGGUACCAGCGAUCCUGGAAAACUUGGCGUGAAGAAACCGAGGCCUAAGGCGUCCUCGCCGAAUCGGCAAGGACCUCAGCAGUGUCAGGUGUGCGGCAAAGUGUUCAACAACGCAUCGGCGCUCACGAAGCACAAGCUGACGCACAGCGACGAACGGAAGUACGUCUGCACGAUGUGCGGCAAGGCGUUCAAGCGGCAGGACCACUUGAAUGGUCACAUGUUGACACAUCGGAACAAAAAGCCUUACGAGUGCAAGGCUGAGGGCUGCGGGAAAUCGUACUGUGACGCUAGGAGCUUGCGGAGACAUACGGAAAAUCAUCACGCGGGUAGUAAGGUUAACGAGAGCGUGAGUCCCAGCAGUCCCAUCACUGGGCCACACACGCCUAACACGCCAAGUAGUAAUCCCAGCACUCCAAGCACACCUGGAGCAACGAGCACGCAAAAUGGUCACGGUCACACUGCCCUGAAGCAACUGCUCGCUACGGAACCAACGCAAACUCAGCAGCACAAGAGCGCAACGUCCCCUGGUGCCAGCAAUGACGGCCUCACGAAACAGCAAUUGGAACUGAUUCAGCAGAUUAUGCAGCAGACGCAGCAGCAAGCAACCUCACAGCAGCACGCGGCGACGCCUGCGGCCGCCGUCGCGACGCAAACGAAGAACUCAAAACCAGCGACCAAGUCCAGCACAUCUCCUAGUGCCAACGUGACAUCAGCUGCUGGACCUAAUGCGAAUGCUAGAGCCAGUCCCAAGCCGAAAGUAUGGAAUCAUGGAUCG